GAAAUUCAAAAGAUGAAGUUUGGAUCCUUUGGUUACAUUGUGGACUCCUGUCCCGGUAACAAGACAGAGUACACAGACUCGGCUACCAGACUGGGGUGUGGUGUGGAUGAGAAUAGGCGGAGUCAGUACGUCUGUGUUCCCAAUAACGAGAGGUCAAGUCUGGUGGAGUUCUGUUAUAAAUCAACUGUUGGAUUUUAUGAAAAGGGAAACUGUAUAGAGGUUUACGAAAGUGGAAAUUUGGAUCAAACCAGCUGUCUCCGUUUCAAAUUUGGAUGCCCUGAUAACCAUUUUUUUCUUUCUGACCUGUACAAAU